AAAAGUUUUCAGAUUUAAAAUCAAUGGUUUGAAAGCGAUCGCAAGAAACAUUUAUAUAAAGAAGUUUACUGAAGCGAUAGUGUAUUUAAUAGACGGAAAGCCUCUAAAAACCAAUCAACUAUUAAAAGAUGACGACUGCCGCUAGAAGACGAUUAAUGAGAGAUUUUAAACGAUUGCAGGAGGACCCACCUGCUGGUGUAUCUGGUGCUCCAGGAGAGAACAAUAUAUUACUAUGGAAUGCUGUUAUAUUUGGACCUCAUGAUACUCCUUUUGAGGAUGGUACCUUCAAGCUGACUAUGGAGUUUAGUGAAGAAUAUCCAAACAAACCCCCUGUAGUUAAAUUCUUGUCUAAAAUGUUUCAUCCCAAUAUUUACGCGGACGGAGGGAUUUGUUUAGAUAUUUUGCAGAACAGAUGGUCACCUACUUAUGAUGUUUCAGCCAUCCUCACCAGUAUCCAAUCACUGUUGAGUGAUCCCAACCCUAACUCCCCAGCUAAUUCCAUGGCAGCCCAGUUGUUCAAGGAGAAUAGAAGAGAAUACGAGAAGAGAGUAAAAGCCUGCGUAGAACAAUCCUGGUGUGAUGAUUAAACCUCUAGAUCUAAUUGUGUGCGUGAGGAUGAGGGGGGGGGGAGCUUACAUAUUUAUUUAACCUCAU